CAGAGCCCGAAUCCUCCCGCUCGCAGCUCCUGGACCCCGCCCUCCCUACUCAGGGCCCUGGGCCCCGGACCCCGGGCACUGGAGCGUUGUCGGGGCCACCAUGGGUUCGGAGAUGGAGCCUCUGCUCCGGGCCUGGAGCUAUUUUAGGCGCAGGAAGUUCCAGCUCUGCGCCGAUCUAUGCACGCAGAUGCUGGAGAAAUCCCCUUAUGACCAGGCAGCUUGGAUUUUGAAAGCACGAGCGCUGACUGAAAUGGUGUACAUAGAUGAAAUUGAUGUGGAUCAUGAAGGGAUCGCAGAGAUGAUUCUGGAUGAAAAUGCCAUUGCCCAAGUCCCACGCCCUGGCACAUCUUUGAAGCUCCCUGGAACUAACCAGGCAGGAGGACCGAGUCAAGCUAUCAGGCCAAUCACUCAAGCUGGAAGACCCAUUACGGGUUUCCUUAGGCCUAGCACACAGAGUGGAAGGCCCGGUACAAUGGAGCAGGCCAUAAGAACACCCAGAACUGCCUACACAGCACGACCUAUCACUAGCUCAUCUGGAAGGUUCGUCAGACUAGGGACGGCUUCCAUGCUUACAAGUCCUGAUGGACCAUUUAUAAAUUUAUCUAGACUGAAUUUAACAAAAUAUUCCCAGAAACCUAAGUUGGCAAAGGCUUUAUUUGAAUAUAUUUUUCACCAUGAAAAUGAUAUUAAGAUGGCUUUGGAUUUGGCAUCCCUUUCCACAGAGCAUUCUCAGUACAAGGACUGGUGGUGGAAAGUCCAGAUCGGAAAAUGCUACUACAGGUUAGGAAUGUACCGUGAAGCAGAGAAGCAGUUUAAGUCAGCCCUGAAGCAGCAGGAAAUGGUAGACACAUUUCUCUAUCUGGCGAAAGUUUAUAUCAUAUUGGAUCAACCCGUGACUGCUUUAAAUCUGUUCAAACAAGGCUUAGAUAAAUUUCCAGGCGAGGUGACCCUGCUUUGUGGAAUUGCCAGGAUCUAUGAGGAAAUGAACAAUAGUUCCUCUGUGGCAGAGUACUACAAAGAAGUUCUGAAACAAGACAAUACUCACGUGGAAGCCAUCGCCUGCAUCGGAAGCAACCAUUUUUAUUCUGACCAGCCAGAGAUUGCGCUCCGCUUUUACAGACGCCUCUUGCAGAUGGGAGUUUAUAACUGCCAGCUUUUCAACAACCUGGGGCUGUGCUGCUUCUACGCCCAGCAGUAUGAUAUGACUCUGACCUCGUUUGAGCGUGCCCUUUCCCUGGCGGAAAAUGAAGAAGAGGCAGCUGACGUCUGGUACAACCUGGGGCACAUUGCUGUGGGGAUAGGGGAUACAAACCUGGCCCAUCAGUGCUUCCGGCUGGCCCUGGUCCACAACAACCACCAUGCGGAGGCCUACAACAACCUGGCCGUGCUGGAGAUGCGGAAAGGCCACGUUGAACAGGCAAGAGCGCUCUUACAGACGGCAUCCUCUUUAGCACCCCAUAUGUAUGAGCCACAUUUUAAUUUUGCAACCAUCUCUGAUAAGAUUGGAGAUCUUCAGAGAAGCUAUGUUGCAGCUCAGAAGUCUGAAGCAGCAUUUCCAGAGCACGUGGACACACAGCACUUAAUCAAGCAGUUAAAGCAGCACUUUGCUAUGAUCUGAUCAGUCCUCGGACCAAAUAUGUCUCCACGAAGGGCCAGUGCACAGGAGAGAACAAUGUACUAUACACAUUUGUAGCCAUAAUGUCAUGCAGACCUAAGAAGGUAGCAUAGAAGACCGUAAACCAAGCCUGGCGGUGGUAGCGCACAUCCUUAAUCCCAGCUCUCGGGAGUCAGAGGCAGGUGGAUCUCUGAAUUCUAGGCCAGCCUGGUCUACAGAGUGAGUUCCAGGGAAGCCAGAGAAACCCUGUUUUCAAACAAACAAAAAUACUGUAAACCAGAACCUACCUUAAGAAGUUUGUUGUUUUAUAAGGUAAUAUUUUAAGAGAAAGAUUUAAGUAUUUCCUAGUUUUGCUUUUCAAUUAAAAAAAUUCAUUGUUAGAUACAGACCCUUUCAAACAAUUAUGUCAUGUAUGUGGGGUGCACGUCAGCCACAUACUCCUCACCCCAUUGUUCCCUUUGUCCUCCACCCAGUGUCACAGCCACUUUCAUGUCAUCUGUACGUCUAGUAGUUUAAGUUUCUAAGUAAAAUCUAGAGGCCACACUUUAGAGAAAACAAAAUAUUUGUUUCUCUGAAACUGACUCAACUUGUGUAUAUAAAAACAUUUUUUUCACUUUGCAUGAGUUUUUAUUUCAUUUAUCUCUGAUGAUACAAAUUAGUUUUAGAAGCCCAUUAAUCUUAUAUAUCAAACUGUUAUCUUAAGUUUACUUGAAAUGAUGCACUACUAGUAUUUAGCUAAUGUGUGCCCCAGAUGCCCAGCAGCUCACAGCUUGACAAAAGUUAACUCAAAACAAGUUAUGAGUUAUGGACAAACUUUUUCUCCCUCCCUCCGUUCCUUCCUCCCUCCUUACCUCCCUCCCUCCCUCCCUCCUUCUCCAUUUCUUUCUCUCUCUCUCUCUCUCUCUCUCUCUUAUAUAUGUAUAUGUGCAUAUAUACGUGUGUGUAUGUAUAUAUAGAUGUUUAGAAGAAAUAACAUGUGUAAAUUGGUACCACACAGUGAUUUCUUAGCUGAAACUCUAGAAUCAUAAAAUAAAAAAAAAAAAAAAGAAAAACAUUCAUAAAUUUGAAUUCUUGGACCUUUAAGCCUAUCAUGCUUCCAAAGGCAUUACUGAGUAUAGAAAAAUAAACCAUUGACUGGGAGGAAAUAUUCUUAAGGGCAGUAUGUAGUUUAUAAAUGACUUUCAUUGAGAAUGAAAUUCAAAAGACGUAAAAAGGCUGGAGAUGAUGGUGCAUGCCAGUAAACACUGAGGAGGUAGGGGCAGUUUGAGGCCAGCCUGAGCUACACAGCAUAUAGCUAUCUCAACCAUAAAAUAAAUGGAAACCUUACCAGAAAUGACAUAUAAUAUGUGGCAAAUGUCCACACAAAAAGAUGCUCAUCUCAACCAGGAUUUAUCCCUACUGUUUGAACUGGCUUUUUGGAAUCCAUUUGGAGGGAUACCUUACUCAGUCUAGAUAUAGUGGGGAGGGCCUUGGUCCUGCCUCAAAGUAAUGUGAUAGACUUUGUUGACUCCCAAAGGGAAGUCUUACCCUCUCUGAAGAGUAGAUGGAGGAGGGAGA